GGACGCUGUCUUUUCAUUGCCGCAUUUUUUAUGUGGACUGGUGAGCGGUGGUUGAAGUCAGCGUAUUGAGGAUUGCUAGCACUUUUAAUGAAUACCUGAUGGACGUGCCAGCUGAAACAGCAGAACAAUCGAAAUACCAGCACUCUGUCAAGCUCCCAUAUCUGUACAAAGAAGGGGCGAAGAUCCUCAAAGCGUAUUCAGAAAAGAAGGGGAGCCUGAAGACUCUGGUGUACGCCACACGUCAACAGCGACUGUACCGGCGCCUGCUGGCACUCGUGUCGCGCGCCGUCGAGCACGCGCCGGCCGUGGAGGGCGGCGCUGGCGGCUUCUGCCGGAGGAGCGGUUCAUGCACUCGUCCAUCGAGCGACGGCACGACGCGCACCAACGUGCUGCUCAACCUGUUCGUUUACAGCGUGGCCAUGUUCACGCUGGCCGUUCGUGGCGUUCUACGGCGCCGUGCACGUGGCCGAGGAUCGCUGGGUUACGCCGAGCACGGCUACCUGUGGGGCACGGCGGCGGCAGUGCUCACCGUGCACGCGCUCAUCGCCAUGUUCGUGUGGGGCGGCGUACAAGGAGCGCCCCGGUACGCGCGGGUCAACACGCUCCUCGCUUCCCUGGAUGACGUCACGCGCCAGCUGACGGCGGAGGGCUGGGAGCGGGUCGAGUACCCGGCCGACGUCCGCUACGAGGAGUUCAUAGCUCUUGUCAAGGCGCUGGGACCGUCUCAGUUCCUGCUGGACCUGCACGUGCCCGCCCUGCUGGUGUUCGCCGCUGCGGGCUGUCUCAUUCUGCAGGACAAGGCCAGCUGCCUGCCGCCGCUGGCGCUGGCGCCCUCCCCCGGCGAGCAGGUCCUGGACGCGUGCGCCGCGCCCGGCAUGAAGACGUCUCAGCUGGCGGGCCAUGAUGCAGAACACAGGGACGCUGGUGCUGUGGAGCGGGACCAGGCCCGGUUCCAGACGCUGUCCCGGAUGCUGCGCCGAGCCGGCGUCACCAACUGCCGGCUCAUCUGCGGCGACUUCCUCCGCCUGCAGCCGGCCGACCACCCUCAGCUGACAGCCAUACUGCUGGACCCAUCCUGCUCCGGCACAGGUAUGGCAGGCCGUGAGUCGGCGGACUCGGUGUCGGCGGACCGUCUCCAACGGCUGGCAAAUCUUCAGGGCAUGCUGCUGCGCCACGCCCUCAGCUUUCCGGCCGUCCGACGAGUAGUUUACUCCACCUGCAGCGUCACCGAGCGCGAGAACGAACAGGUGGUGGCGGCCACGCUGGCGGCUCACGCCGAGCACGACCUCUGCAACGGCUUCUUCGUGGCGACGUUCGUCAGGGCUGCCGAAAACGAGGCUCGGCCGGGCAAGCACAAGGUCAAGACCAGGAAGCGGGCAACCAUGCGACGCGGAGACGGCUCGGGCGACAGCGGAGACCACAACCGGAAAACGUGCUGGCGGGAAGACCGCCAAGACUGUGGGAUCGGCUGA